AACUGAGACUGUCAAAUUAAAUUGUUCAACCCCACGAUUCAGUAAAAAGCAGAUUGUGUGUUAUGAAAUAACAAUAGUUGAGUUUUCGUUUGAUUCCAAUGUACCCGGUGCAUUUGUUGUACGCUAGCAAUUAACAAUGUCGAUCAAACUGAGUGGUACUUUUACCCGCUCCAGAGGAGUCUUAUCCGGCAUCGCCAAAGAGCUGAGACAGAUAAAUCUGAAAGCGGUGCAGCGAAUUACGAUAACCUUCGAUCCUUUCCAUGAACGGGCCAUUCCCACUAGAGAAGUUCUCCAUCACCUGUCGGCGCCAAAGAUUGUACAAACGAACCCAUCCUGUGUACUAAAGGCGGAAGUGGUUUGCGACCGCAGACCUCCAUCGCUAGUGUUCCAGUUAAUCCCUUCCGUACAAGCCGAGGCAAAGCUAAAGAAAAUCGAAAUCAACAGCGAGAACCUCUCGACGCUGGAAGUGCUACAGCUGUGCAAUAAACACGUAACCAGUCUGGCCCCGAAGGAAACCGUUACCAGCACUAUCAAAACCAAGUCGGAGAAAAAGGUCGGUGGAGCCGGAAAGCGACGGUAA